CACCUACCAUCAUCCGCCUCCAGACCACUGAGUAAUAGGUCCAUUCCUUAGCAAUACGGCUUCUGUAUAUAUAACUGCUCCGUGAAGUCAAUCAUGGCAUCGUCAUCCUCAUCUGCUUCUCGCUCAGAGCCGCCCGAAGACUCGAGCUUCGUGAAAAUGGACGAAAGAGACCCCACCCUAAUCGGCGCCCAUUGCCAAUACACCUAUUGCAACCAACUCGAUUUCCUCCCGUUCCGCUGCGAAUCGUGCGGCGGAACCUUCUGUCUCGAACAUCGAUCUGAAACUGCCCACCAUUGUCCGAAGGCGGGGGAAUGGGCAGCGCGGCGGCGGAAAGCGAAUCUAUCCACAACUUCAGUCGGCGCAGGCAAAUCUGCGCCACGAGAAACGGAAAAGCCGUGUGCAUCUCCAAAAUGUAAGACGAUCAUUGGCACAAGUUUAUCCACUGCGGUGCACUGCGCAACCUGCAAUCGAGAUUACUGCCUGAAACAUCGUUUGAAAGAGGACCACGACUGCAAGAACCUCAUACCCAUCGGAGCAAGAGUCGGCAUUAUUGGCGGGGAAGCGGAAAAGGCAAAACACGCAUUUGCGAGAUUAAGAGCUUGGGGGACUGCUCAGAAAGCCAACGUUCAGAGAUCAUUACCGCAACCGAAGCCCACGUCCGCGGCAGCGAGGCUGGUGGCUGUGAACAAUUUGAAGAAGACGGCGAAAGGGGACAGUAAACUGCCGCCAGAGAAGAGGGUUUAUUUAUCCGUUGAGGCCGAAGCUGCGACAACAACUUCUAAAUUUCCCUCUGGCGCUUUCUUCUACUCGAAAGACUGGGUGAUAGGUCGAGUAUUGGACGCGGCCGCCAGAAGCUUGCAGGUCGAAAAUGUGAACAAUCAAACAACAGACGAGAAGGACAAGCUGCGGGUUUUUCACGUUGAAGGAGGGAGACUAUUGGAAUUCAACGAGAAGGUUGGAGAUGCCCUUGUGAGCGGCAAUAGAAUAGUUCUCUUGAGAGGAGUUGGACCCGCCGUUCCAGAUCUCAUUGAGGCAUGAGCUAGGCGAUGGCGAUUACAUUACUCGAUCCUUGGUUAG